CAGAUAGCAUGGUAGCAAGGAGUUGCUAACUAGCCGAAAGUCCUUAGAUAACAUGUCCGUAAACUAGUCAGCACAAAGGUAAAAGUACGGAGUUUUUUUUGCAGCUGUGGUUUGCGAACCCCUCACUGUCCGAUUAUGUUUUCAUCAGUCUGGAAUUUUGUUAAACGCCACAAAAGGAAAUUUAUUUUCACCGGAGCUGUAGUUGGAGGAGUGUACUUUCUGGGUAAAUAUGCCCAGAAGAAGAUCAGAGAUAUCCAGGAGAAGGAGGCGACGGAGUACAUCGCUCAGGCCAGACGACAGUUCCACUUUGAAAGCAACCAGAGAACCUGCAACAUGACCGUGCUGUCCAUGCUCCCUCCACUGAAAGAAGCCAUCGUCAAUCAACUAAAUUCAGAAAGCCUCACGGCACUGCUCAAGGCUAAACCGACCAACAAGCUGGAAAUCUGGGAAGAUUUAAAGAUCAUCAGUUUCACCCGCACCAUCGUGGCGGUGUACAGCACCUGCAUGCUGGUGGUUCUACUCCGAGUCCAGUUGAACAUCAUAGGAGGAUACCUGUACCUCGACAACUCUGUAGGCAAGAACACCGCGAUGCCUCUGGCUCCCCCAGACGUCCAGCAGCAGUACCUGUCCAGUAUCCAACAUCUACUGGGAGACGGUUUGACAGAGUUGAUGACAGUAGUGAAGAAAGCAGUACAGAACUCACUGGGAGGCGUGUCUCUGAAGCAGAGCCUGUCUCUGCUGGAGUUGGAGCAGCAGCUGAGCUGGAUCAGGGCGGAGGUGGAGGCUGGCUCCGAGCGCCCGAUGUCCUGGUACAUGCUCGCCGACGACGAGAACGCGCUCUCGGACCAGGCAUGCGGGCUGACGGAAAACGAUGUUGGGACCAUCCGACUGUUAAACGAGACUAGAGACAUGUUGGAAAGUCCAGACUUCACCACUGUCCUCAACGCCAGUUUCAACCGGGGUUUCUCUCGUCUUCUCGACAAUCUGGCCGAGUUCUUCCGCACGCCUCCCUGUGACUCUGCCCCCAGCUCUGCACCUGACAGCUUGUCUGCGGUCAGUCUGCCGCUGGCGAAGAUCAUCCCCAUCGUCAACGGUCAGAUCAACACCAUCUGCAGCGAGACUCCCAGCCACUUUGUUCAGGAGCUGCUGAUGAACGACCAGGUGAAGGAGUUUGCGGCCAACGUCUACGAGAGCUUCAGCACGCCACAGGAGCUGCAGAAAUAAUGGAGGA